ACACACUCGACAUCGUCGGAUUUUCUGCAGCAGCACCCACAUCCACCAAGAAAAAAAAAAAUCCCAACUUGUUUCCCCCGCUGCAGGAUCUUUACGCGCGGCGGUGCCGACAUGUUGAGGAUGCUGAGAUGAGCCUUGCGCGGCUCUCCAUGCUGCCGAAACCUCUCCUCCUCCUCCUCCUCCUCCUCUUCCUCCUCCUCUCUUCCUCCUGAUGAGGGGAGCAAAGAGGACGAAAACAAGGCUGCCUCAUGUGUUCUUUUCCGAAAAGAAGAUGGCAAAGGUGGAGCGAUUAGAGCUGGGCUCAUGACGGAACGAGUAAUCCUUUCAGUGCACCAAAGAGAUUUGGAAACGUUUGGAUGGAAUUUGGGCGAGUGUCUGCUACGAGAACUGUUUUUGGUCUUGCAUGAAACCGGCGAUUAGUUGCUGCCACACAUUCUUCCCUAAUGACUGCAUCGAGGAGAUUGAUUUGAAAGGGGCGAGUGGUUUCUCUGCGCGAAUUUCCCCUAAAACUCACCUCUUGUUUUCUCUCCUAAAGUACUCCACAUCUAAAUGGAAUUAGUUGAGUCUGCGGCCGUUUGUGAAAGGAACAGACAUGGUACAUGGACACAGCUUCCAUCACGUUGUCGCAAGUCUUCUCCUCCUCGGCUUGUCCGGCGCAACAAAGAGAGGCACAUCAGUGAAAAACAAUUCCGGGGUGAAGCCAGCUGGUCAGUGUGGAACGUGGGUGAAAGAACCAGAAGGAGGUCUCUUCACUUCUCCCAACUACCCAAACAAAUACCCACCGGAUACAGAGUGUGUGUACAUACUUGAAGCCCCGCCAAGGCAGUGCAUCGAGCUCCACUUUGAGGAGCACUAUUCGAUCGAGUCCUCUUGGGAAUGUAAAUUUGACAACAUCGAAGUUCGCGAUGGACCUUUCGGCUUCUCUCCCAUGCUCGGACGCUAUUGCGGUCAGCACAGCCCGCCGGAUAUCAGGAGUGGCGGCCGCUACCUGUGGAUAAAAUUUGUUACGGAUGGCGAGUUGGAGGCGGUGGGAUUUUCAGCCAGUUACAACUUCACUGCAGAUCCAGACUUUGCAGACUUGGGAGUACCACCACCUCUACCCUCAUGUCAGUACGACAUGGUCGGUCCAGAAGGUAUUGUCGAGUCUCAUCAGAUCACCAGAGACGGGAAGGCUGGCGCCAACGAGGCCGUCGACUGCAAAUGGUACAUCCGGGCGCCACCACGCUCCAAGAUCUACCUACGUUUCCUCGACUAUGAGAUGGCCAAUUCCAAUGAAUGCAAGCGCAACUUUGUGGCGGUGUAUGACGGCGGCAGCUCGGUGGAGGACCUGAAGAGCAAGUUCUGUUCUACGGUGGCCAAUGACCUCAUGUUGGUGUCGACCUUGGGUGUCAUUCGAAUGUGGGCAGAUGAGGCCAGCCGCAAAAGUCGCUUCCGCAUCCUUUUCACGACCUACCAAGAGCCUCCGUGUGAUCCAGAUGCCUUCUUCUGUCACAGUAACAUGUGCAUAAACAACACACUGGUGUGCAACGGCCAGCAGAACUGCGUGUACCCCUGGGAUGAGAAUCAGUGUAAAGAGAACACGAAAGCCAACAUCCUGGACAACCUGAACAACACAAACGGGACCAUCAUUGGCGUCACCUGCUGCAUUGUCCUUCUCCUCCUCAUCAUCUCCGUUAUCGUCCAAAUCAAGCAGCCUCGCAAAAAGUACAUCCUGCGGCGUGAGGACUUUGACCCCACCAUGUUCCAAGAGGUCUUUGAGCCGCCUCACUACGAGCUGUGCACUUUGCGCAGCGCCACCGCCGCCGCUGCCUCAGCAGACCUCGUGGACCUUGCGGAAGACUUUGAGAACUACCACGCCCUCCGCCGUGCCUCCUCACGCUGCAUCCACGACCACCACUGUGGCUCCUCCGCCAACCCGGGCUCGGCCCACAUAUCCCAGUUGUCCCUCAGCGGGCGAGGGAGCCGCGGGAAUCUGAGCGCGCGGGACCUGACGGCGGGCGGCCUCCUCGCGGACCUGCCGCAGCCGCCCAUGUCCGUGCGGCCCCUCUUGCCGAGCGCGGCGAACCGUAGGAGCAUCUUGGUCAUGAAGCACAGCUACUCGCAAGAGGGAGCGGACAACGGAUGCGACCUGGACGACGACCUGGAUGAAGUUCCCACCACCAGCCACCGGCUUUCACGCCACGAAAAGGCAGUACAGCGGUUCUGCCUCAUUGGCUCUUUGAGCAAACAUGAAUCAGAGUACAACACAACAAGGGUCUGAGAUGCAAUCUCAAGAUACAUCAGACAGGUGCAUCAUUCCUCUGCAUCUUGCCAAGUUUGACAGCAUUUGGAGGUCUCUCUCCCGUGUGAAUCUUCUGUGAACUAAUAUGGCUGAGUAAUUAGAGUGAUGAAGGGGGCGAACGCAUCAAGUUGUUUCUUUGCUUCACGCCACACAGGUGUUUUGUUCCUGUACCUGUGGACCACAUCUGGCAAGGAUGAACUAGCAAUGGAGCAUUGAUAAAUGACUGAAACCAGAGAAUACCUUUAAUGUAAAGCAGUUCAUGAAGAAGAAAAAAAAACACAUAAAUCAUGUUUUUACAAAUCAUUUUCAUGCUUCAGUUAAACGUUUCAUGUUUAUUUAUAGACUGGGUGCUGUGUGAGGUGCUUACAUGUCUAAAGGUUGAUGUGUGGAAAUGAAGUGAUGAAUUUCAUUUAUAAACGCUUCUCAUAGGUAGCAUAUGUCUGGGCAUUAUAAUUUCUUAGUUUGUCACUCUUGAUCAUUACAUUGUGUUUUCAUUUAAGAGAGUCAUUUGCAUAUUGAUUUGAUAUUAUAAAGAUAAUGCUGGACAGAAUAUUUAAAUAA